GUCUCGCCGAAACGUACCUGUACAGUGUGUAUUAUGGGGCCGGUGCGUGAUAUUGCAGAAGUAAAAAUCGCACUUUCACGUGUCGGGUACAGGGCCAAACAUAGGCAACUAAAUGAAUAAAUUCACUUUCAUUUUUCUUCCUUUUCCGUUGCGCAUUGCUCCAUGGAGCGACCUCACUCGCACCCCCAGUGCGACCUGCCUAAUUGAACGGCGACCGCAAAAAGCGGCCAAAUCAUCGGAAAUUUUUAACACACUUCUUCUGGCUGACACCUGUUUUAAGUGCCGAAGUGAUAAAAUUUCUCUAUGACACACAUUCGAGCCGGCAGCCAGCAGCGGUUCCUAAUCAUGCCACCAAAGUCGAAUUCCGGCUGGUUCCGCUAAUCAAUGGCCGAUUCUUUCUGCAGGUUGAGGGCAUCAUGCAACGGCCAACACACUAGAAAAGUGUCCAAAGGCAGAGCAAAACCCGUCAAGAAUGACCGAUUCCACACCGAUAUGUCGAUGCAGGGUGCUCUAUUUGGGCUCCAGCGUGCCCCACCAGACCAAAGACGGCCUCCAGGGCAUCCAGGAACCAUUGCAGGAGCUCUAUCCAGACCAGGGCGCCACUGGGGCAAAGGGAAUCGACAGCUGGCUCAGCGUCUGGUCCAAUGGAAUCCUGCUGGAAAACGUCGACGAAAAUCACAAGAAAAUCACCCGGUUUUUCCCCAUAGAAAGUCUGCACUAUUGUGCAGCAGUAAGGUAUGUUCUAGUCCCAGAAAAAAACACGCUCCACUCGCCGUCGCCCAAGUUUGUGCCGCUGGACUCGCCCUUCGCCAGGGCGCCCAACCCCACACACCCGCCGCUGUUCGCCGCCAUUCUACGCAGGACAACAGGAAUCAAAGUGCUCGAAUGCCACGCCUUUAUCUGCAAGCGGGAGGUGGCCGCCAACGCUUUGGUGCGUUGCUGUUUUCACGCCUACGCUGACUCCAGUUAUGCAAAGCAAGUCGACACGGCCGGAAGUGUCUACAGCACUUUGGCUUCCGAAAGACUAACUAAUAAAGAUAAGAUAGAUGAAUGGAAAAUGAGCCGAUCCCAAUCCGGAUCCACCAUGACGAUCAACACGAUUGGCAAUGGAAAAGACGACGUCAGCAUAUACAAUGGCGACGAAAAUCACAAAGUUUGGGCAGGCAGUCAAGACAAUCUAGAUGGCAUUUACGACGUGUACGCGCCCACUUCGACGUUGGGGCGGCCGUCCAGGCCGCGCCAAAUCGCCCAGCCAGUGGCGGUGCCGCCGCCGCCCGCCAAGGAGAAAAAGAAGAAAUCCAAGGGCCAAUCCAAGUCCCUGGCCGGGUCCAGAGAAGACCUCUACCAUCCGCUGAUGAACGGCAAGGCCAGCAGCGUGUCGGGCACUCUGAUGAAGCCUCGACACAGCAUGCCCAGACAGAUGGGGAUGCAGCACGGCCCCCCGCAGCCCGUCUACAUUGUGGGGCCGCCCCCUGGGACCUUCCAGGGCACGUUGCCCAACCCGAAGUUCUUCAAGCACCACGGAAACACGUUCUCGCAUCGGCCGCGAGGCAAAAUGCUGAUGCCGGCCCGCCCCAUUCCGCCGCCCAUGGUGCCGAUGAUCAUCCCCGCCCCUUCCACUCUGAAGAGCAAGAAGAAGCAGCGCGCGCCCCCUAUGGAGGAGCCCAUCUAUAUGCCGAGCAACAGGGCGAUGAGUCCAGUGGCGGCCUAUCAGCCGGUCACGUUCCCCCAUGAGGCCUAUCUGAUGCAGCAGUACGCCACCAUGGAGAGUCAGGGGAAGCAGCGCCGAAGUCGCGAGAAGUCCAUGGAGAAGCCGGGGAAGCUCAGCAAAAAGCUGGCGCAAAGCAUGAACGGCCUGGACGACCCGAACCUGCUCAGGGACGACGAGAGUCCCUUCAAUUCGGGCAUUUACAGGCAGGAGCACAGGAGCCGAAGUUACGGCAGUCUGGCCAACUUGAAGUUCGCCACGCCCAUCCCCAAUGGGGGGCACGACGACGUCGAUCGGGAGGAUUUGAAGAAGGAGCGCGAAAUCAUGCAGAUGGUGCAGGAUCUCGAUCUGUCCGGCGACGAGUUGGAACGAUCCGAAGUGCCCAGAGGCAUGUACGAUCCAAGGGCGAUGGGCGUGGCGCCCGUC